CCGGCGGCACUGCGCGCACCCCCAACAACAUUCUUUCCAUUUCCUCCUCGCCUUCGCGCUAGGGCUUUGCCUCCACCCCUCGAAACCCUACCCGCACCAUGCGCGAUCGAUCGGUCGAUCGCGAAUUCCUCAGCCGCGAGCGUGGGGAUCGGCCGCCGCCAGGGAUGCUGGGCCCUCCGCGGCGCGGGCCGGCGUACAAGACGAAGCUGUGCACGCUGUGGCAGCGCGGCGGCUGCUCCCGCGACCCGUGCAGCUUCGCGCACGGGCACGCCGAGCUCCGUCGGUUCCCCGGCUCCCGCACCUCGUUCCCGUCCCGCGCCGGGAGAAGAGACUAUAGAGGUGGUGACUUCAGAGACAGGUUUGAUAGAAGGCGCUCGCCUCAUAGGAGGCAUUCGCCUGACAGGGAUUCCAGGGGUCAUCGUCCCCUUCAGGACCGACGAGCAGGUUCUCAAGAAAGGGAAUCUAGCUAUUCGCGGUCCCCCAGCAGGAAGAGCGAAAGGAGGCAUGAGAAGAAGCCUGAUGAUGGUGAAACCAACUCAUCAAGGAGCUUUAGUAUCUCCGACAAAAAUGAUGAUAAAAAAAAGGAGGCACUCUUAGGCGCUGAUGAUAAAGAGGAUCAAGAAAUAAAGAUAAGACAAGAAAUGGAACUUCUGCAUGAGGAUAAAUCCCGCUUGGAGAUCAUUUUGGAUGAGAAAAAUGCUGAAGUGCACAAGAUUUCUAGCAGAGUAAAUGAUCUUGAACUGCAGAUAAGGAAGGAGAAGGAGGAAUGCCAUAGGAUGACCUCAAAAAUAAAGAAGUUCAUUAAAGCUCAUGCUCGCUUUUUGAAAGCACAGGAAGAAUUGAAAAGAUCACAAGCUCGUUUUGAGAGACUUGGUGAUUUGCUUGCUUCAGAUAUUCUGAAGCGUGGUGCAAAUGAAGAGGUUUCCAGUAUGAAUGUUGAUGAAGCUCCAAGUGGGCCUUCUGAAAGGAGCCCAAAUGCUGCUACAGCUAAGAAGAGAUCAAUCCCGUACUCAACAAGUGAAGAAGCAAAAGCCGUAAAGAGAAGGUCAGAUCGUGAUGCAGAAUUUGAUAAACCAAGCCAGGGAACUGAGCCAACAAAAGCCUUAUAUUUGAAGAAGAAAUUGUGGGAAGAUGAAAGGGAUAAAAUAGGCAAUGUUGUUUCCUCAGCCAACAUUGACAAGUAUGUGGGUGAUGAUGAGGAAGUCGACGUGGAUUAAGUGGAUGUCAGAGAUGGUAGAGGUGAUACUGGAAUGAUCUGUUAGCUCUUGCCCAUGUAAGUCAAAUGUAUUUGGUAUUGGGAAUUUACCUGAUAAAAAGAACAUCUUCUCUAGUGGCGACCCAUAGUGGAUGCAGUUUAAGCUGCCAGCUGGUUGUCAACAUGUUUCGUGGAUGUGACCCGAAAUAUCCUGUUACCUGUACCUAAUAUAUACUGUGGUAGCUAAUCUUGUCAAUGCCAUCGUGCUUGACGCUGUUUGGAUGUUUUCUGCUCAUGCUGUUAUAUUUACGGCACGUGAAUACUGAUGUUUUAUGAUCGUAUUA